CCAGCUAAAAGAGGAAGAUAAAGGAAGAUGAAUAAGAGUGAUAGUUAACCAAACCAAACACUGUUCUGUUUAAAAGUCGGUUCAUACGUACAUUUCGGGUUGACUUUGGUUUACGUCAUAUAAAUCAAGAAAGGUAUAUAAUAGUUUUGUUUUUAAUUAAUUUGUUUAUUUAUUCUAACUGAUUUUAAAAUCCACAUAUGAUUUAUAAAUCCAAGUAGAUUUUAUUGAUAUCUAAAUCUAACAUAUCAAUUUUAAUUAAUAUUUGCAAAUCCCAAGUUUUUUUUCUUGAAUUUAUUAAUUUUUAAUUUUAACAAAGAAAUCUACUUAGAUCCAUUAUAAAAAAUAUAUAUUCCAAUUGUUGAAUAAGAUUUGAAUUAAAAUCAUAAAAUCGAUAAUACAUGAUUUAAUACGAAUUUUAAAAUUAUAGAACAGAUAAUACUAAAUUCCGUUUGAGCUUCUAAAUCUAGUAAAAUACAUAAACCAAUCAUCUUUCACUAAAUCAAAGUAAAAUUCAAAUAAGACAAACGAAAACGUGGAUUUAAUCCAAAGAAAUUAAAAUAAAGGGGAUUAAGCAAACCGAACAACUUGAAAAUAAGGAAAUGGUUAGUAUCGAGUGAGAUUUAUAAUAAGAUAGGAGUGAGAAUACAAAACUAUAUUUAUCUCAAAAUUCUCAACUCAACUCAACUUAGGAUUAGGAAUCUAAGAGAACUGUUUCCUACCAGGAAGUGGAGUGAGAAUCCACCGACUUGUUCAUUAUAAAUAGAGAUUCAGCGAACGCUUCAUAAUCAAUACACCCUAAAGGUCCGAACAGAGUUAAGAGAGUAACUAACAAAUCCCUAUGGAUAUUAAGUAUGAAGAACCUUUAUACGUAGACGAACUUUCAUUAAAAACAGUUCGUGUUCUUGGCCAAGGAGCCUUCGGUUCCGUGACUCUCAAGGUUCACCCCGGCCAUGGACGUUACGCGAAGAAAACAUCUUCAAUAAGACUCAAAGAGAAUCUCAAGAAAGAGCUUAGGAUCAUGCUUGACUUCCGCAACCAUCCUCGCAUCGUUCAAGCCUCUAGUGAACAUCUUCACUUAGGUAUGUUCCUCAAAGAUUGCUCCAUCUAUAUGGAGUAUGCAUCCGAAGGUAGUCUAGACGAAGUUAUAUCAUCUUUCCGUGGGAAACCAUUGCCUGAGCACGUGAUUGGACGCACCACUCGUAUGCUCCUACAAGGACUCGAAGCGCUUCACGUACACGGCUACGUUCACUGCGACCUCAAGCCGGAUAACAUACUCCUCUUCCCUUCAACCACUUUUGGAGAGCCGUGGGAUGCUAAGCUCGCUGACUUUGGUUUAUCAAAGGAGCCUAACACUUAUCAUGUGUUGAAGCUUGCUGGUACGAAUAUGUACAUGCCUCCGGAGGUUUCCGAGGUUCCGGAGGGGUUGGUCGGACAGGCUCUCGAUAUAUGGUCGCUAGGGUGUGUGGUGUUUGAGAUGUUUGGAGGUAAGGCAGAAGAGAUGGAGACGGGAGGAACUUACGUGUGGAAGCUAGAGCAAGAGAUCUCUCCUGUGGCUAUAGACUUCUUGAGGCAGUGCCAUACUUGGCAUCCUUGGAAUAGGGCUUCAGCAACUGAGCUCUUGAACCAUCCUUUUAUUAUGCAAAGAGUAGUCUCUCUUCGAGUUUUACAGCCAAUCCCAUGUCCUCCUGAGAGGAGACAGUACUUGGAACGUCCUUUGUUUACACCAAGGGUCCGUGGUCCAUUGCCAACUCCGAUUGGUCCUAGAAAAAAACAAGAAGCUGAAGGUUCGGUAGUGAAAGAUAAAUCAACGGUGGAGAAGAACGAUGUUGAUAGUGAGGAAUGGUUUAUGUAUGAGUUAUGUAAUAGUUGUUAAGUUAAAACUAGAUAAGUUAUGGUUGAGCUUGUAUGCUUACUUCUUCAACAAGAAACGGCAUUCUUUGUUAGGUUAAUUUGUUUCUUUACUUGCUGUGGAAACAAACAAUUGUGAUUCUCUUAAUUUAUUAAAGUUUUGAAGUAUACUACUCUGAUGAUUACCUUCUGAGAUUAACGAUGAGCAUGUAUGUUU